CUUUACAGUUUAGCAUUACCUGUUUCCUGCAAAGGCUCACACUCUUCGGUCGGACCCUCAGAAGAUUGGGAGCCACUGCUUAUCUUCUUGUGCUGCCGUGCAUUGUCCACAAUGUCUGUAUUAAAAACUGCAGCGCCCACCGGCUGCGAGCCUCUGGCCGCGGUGUGUUCAGGGGCAAACUGCCUCGUUCCUCUCGAUAGCUUCAAUGAGAAGCUGAGCCUGGCGAUGAGCAUCGUGCUCACCGUGAUGCUCGCCAUGGUCAUGUUCUCCAUGGGCUGCACUGUGGACGCCUCCAAGCUGUGGGGCCACAUCAAGAGACCCUGGGGCAUCUUCAUCGGCUUCCUCUGCCAGUUUGGCAUCAUGCCUUUCACAGCCUUCGCCUUAUCCACGGCCUUCAACGUGCUGCCUGUGCAGGCCAUCGUCAUCAUCAUCAUGGGCUGCUGUCCCGGGGGCUCCGGCUCCAACGUCAUCUGCUACUGGCUGGAUGGAGACAUGGACCUGAGUGUCAGUAUGACCGCCUGCUCCUCCAUCCUGGCCUUGGGGAUGAUGCCUCUCUGUCUGCUCAUAUACACCGCCACCUGGACCUCCACGGGAAGCAUCCAGAUCCCAUACGACAGUAUUGGUAUCACUCUAGUUUCUCUUCUCGUCCCAACCGGUCUGGGAAUGCUUGUUAAACGGAAGUGGCCCCACUAUGCAAAAAAAAUCCUUAAGGUGGGGUCCUUUGCAGGCUUUGCUCUUAUUCUCAUCAUAGCUGUGGUUGGAGGAAUUCUCUACCAGUCCUCCUGGGACAUUGAUCCAUCCUUAUGGAUUAUCGGAACUAUCUACCCCUUCAUUGGUUUCAGCUUGGGGUUCUUCUUUGCUCGCUUUGCGGGGCAACCCUGGCACAGGUGUCGAACCAUCGGGUUGGAGACGGGUCUUCAGAACUCCCAGCUGUGCAGCACCAUCGUCCAGCUGUCCUUCAGCCCUGCUGAGCUGGAGGUCAUGUUUUCAUUCCCCCUCAUCUACAGCAUCUUCCAGUUGCUGGUGUCCGUCAUAUCCGUUGGAGGCUACCAGUUGUAUAAGAGGUAUCGGAAACCUGGCUCAGAUGAUGCCGACAGUGAUUCUCCAGCCCUGGAAGCUGGUGACGGUGAAUCAGCAAAAAAGAACAUACAUGCUGUGGAAAAUGGUGGCUUUGAGUUUGACGACAUUAGCAAGAGCGAAGAGAAGAAUAGGGAUGUAAAGAACGCCACCCAGCUGUGA